AUGGGGUCCAUCGUCACCGAUAGUGUCGGAAGCUCUGGCGUGGCUGGAGAAUCUCACGGCGGUCUGGGCAACCAGUCUCUGCUUGACAAGAUUGACAAACUCCGAGAGCUGAACCUUGGCAACAUUGUGCCUCUUCCUCAGCUUGUUGUCGUCGGUGACCAGUCCUCCGGAAAGUCAUCUGUCCUCGAGAGCUUGACGGGCUUCUCGUUCCCUCGUGCUUCUGGUCUCUGCACUCGCUAUGCCACCCAAAUCACCUGUCGUCGGGAAUCGCAGAAGGGCGUGGCCAUCUCCAUCAUCCCGCGAUCCUCCGCCACUCCCGCCGAGAAAGAGCGCAUGAAAAAGUUUCACACGUUUGUGACCGACCUCUCCGCGGGUGAGCUUGCCGAUGUGUUUGAGGAUGCCAACCGGGCAAUGGGCAUUCGUCCCAUUGACGACGAUGGAUAUGGUCUGGAGCCGCUGAGUACAUUUAGUGAAGACAUCCUCAAGAUUGAAAUCAGCGGUCCCGAGCAAAACCACCUCACUGUCAUCGACGUGCCUGGCAUUUUCAGGACCGCAACACCCGGCCUUACUACCGAGUCCGACAUCCCUCUCGUUCGUGACAUGGUCAAGCGCUACAUGAAGGACUCGAGAACAAUUAUUCUUGCCGUCGUUCCAUGCAAUGUCGAUAUCGCAACCCAAGAGGUCCUCGAGCUCGCGAGGGAGGCGGACCCUUCCGGCAUCCGUACCAUGGGUGUUCUGACCAAGCCGGAUCUCGCCAUUGAACGAGUGAUGCAGCAAGCUGUGCUGGACCUUGUCAUCGGGAAGCGCAAUGACCUCCGCUUGGGGUAUUGCGUCGUGAAAAACCGCCGCGGAGACGAUACGAAGUCAUCCCUGAGGGAGUGCCAUGCCCAGGAGAAGAGCUUCUUCAGGAACGAGCCGUGGACCAGUAUUGCCUCGAUGGAUCGGACUGGUGUGGAAUCACUCAAGCAGCGCCUUAGCGAGCUCCUGAUGGAUAUCUCGCGGAGAGAAUUCCCGCAGGUCAAGGCCGAUAUAAACAAGAAACUGGCCCAGUACCGCGAGAAGCUUCACGUCAUGGGACCCUCGAGAAGCGACUCCAAUGCUCAACGGCUGUAUCUGGGAAAGAUAGCCACCCAAUUCCAAAGGAUUGCAAACUACGCACUCAAUGCGUACUAUACUGACGAUCCCAUAUUCUCAGAGCAGCCAGACUUGAGGCUGAUCACCAGGGUUAUCGAACUGAAUGAAGUCUUCUCCAACGUCUUCUGGGAGAAGGCCCACACCAGAGUUUUCCACUCAGACAGCGGGAAAGAUAGUGAUGAGAAUCAAUUCGGCGCGGACAAGGUGGGGUUCCGUAUUCCCAUCGACGAAUACCCAGAACUUCACGAUAUCAUCCUCACGGAUGAAUUUGAGUGUCCCGACCCGGACGACUCCUCCCUCAUGGACCGCAUCGAGGAAGUCUUCAACAGUAGCCGCGGGCCGGAACUUGGAACAUUUGGCGGUUCCAUUCUCGCGACCAUAUUCAAAGAGCAGUCGGAGAAGUGGGAGCAACUGGUACUUUCGCACGUCAGCAACGCCAUCGUGCUGGUCCACCACUUCAUCACCAAGCUCCUCGAGGCGACGUUCCCGGAGAAGCAGGUGCGCGAGGAGUUCUGGGACAACAUCCUCCUCGACAAGCUCUGCGACGCCUACACGGCCGCCAUGAAGCACGCCCGCUUCCUCCUGGCCAUCGAGCGGGAGGGCAAGCCCACGACGUACAACCACUACUUCAACUCCAACCUGCAGAGCGGCCGCAUCAAGCGCCUGCAAGACAACCUCAAGAACAUGGCCGCGGGCGAGGAGGUCAAGCUCUCGACCAUGGACCUCCUGCGGCGCUUGACGAUCGACAAGAGCAACGCCACGCAGGUGCGCGAGGACAUCCACGACAUCCUGGCGAGCUACUACCGCGUGGCCCGCAAGCGCUUCGUCGACGUCGUCUGCCAGCAGGUUGUCGACCACUUCCUCCUCACGGGGCCCGACAGCCCGCUCCGCGCCCUAGGCCCGGACCUCGUCAUGGCCCUCGGCGACGCCCAGCUCGAGAACAUCGCCGGCGAGGACGCGGGCUCCAGGCGCCAGCGUCAGAUCCUCGGCUCCGAGAUCCAGAGCCUCGUGGAGGCGGUUAGGGUUCUGAAGGGUUAAGGAGGGAGUAAGUGGGACUUUGGUGUUUUGCCUCUUUUGUGCUUCUUUUUUGCCGCGUUUGGGGUUCGUUUGGUUCUCUUCGCCGUUUUCGUUUCUAGAGAAACCCAAAUGCCCGGUAGAUCGUUUCCUCUCUCCUUAAGAUAGUCAAAUACUCAUGCUUAGCAAUACCUGCUCCCUCCUCGACGCUACAUAAAUCCGGAGAGUGCUGGUAUGUUACUGCACUUCGUUCUCAGAG